CGUAAGCCUUCGGGAGUUAGCUCCCUUCUCAAACACAUGAUGUUGAGCAGGUAGACAGGUGAAAAAACGGUCGUCGUCUCUAUUUUACUGAAAAAAACAACGUAAACCUUGGAAGCUUUGAAAUGGCGCUAGAAGACAUUUUUGCUAGAGGUAUUCUUCUGAAAUAUCUACUGCCAGUUGUCACUGUCGUGGUUGUCGUUGCACUUUCAAGAAAGAAACUGCGUCAAUUUCGCUUGCGUUUCACAGCAUACAUGGGGAAUAGGUUUUUAAAGAAGACACAUAAGCGGAUUCGAAAUGAGAAAGCAGUUGUGUUUUCUGAAUUGAAUUCACAAGCAAGCAAAGCAAACCGUCCUUUACAGCUGCUAGAAAUCGGCUCAGGAAGUGGCAUGAACUUCAAGAACUUUCCAUCAGGCUCAGAAAUAAUUUGCUUGGAUCCAAAUCCUUACAACAAAACUUACUUAGAAGAGAAUGUGCACCUUCGGAAUCCAAAUGUGAGCAUCAAGAAGUUUGUGGUGGGAUUCGCCGAAAGUAUGCCCGAGGUUGAAGACAACAGUUGUGAUGCUGUGGUCUGUACUCUGGUGUUGUGCACUGUGAGGGAUGUCAAGGCUGUUUUAAGUGAAGUCCUAAGAAUAUUGAAACCAAAUGGAAUCUUCUACUUUGUGGAACAUGUGGCAUCAAAGAAGGGUAGGUUCAAGAGGAGGAUCCAGAACUUGAUCAACCCAAUGUGGAAGAAGAUGGUGGAUGGUUGCAACAUUAACAGGGAGUCUUGGAAUGACAUCCAUCAAGCUGGUUUCUCAAAAGUUGACCUGACACAUUUUGAUAUUCACAUGUUCAAGACUAGCACUCCAGGUAUCUAUGGAAAGGCUGUCAAGUAGAGUGGAGAAUGAAAACCUUAGAUAAUCACUUAGGCCACAUUUGUUUAAACCACCAGUUGAUUUCCAAAACUCACUGACAUGGCAAAUAUUUACUGCUACUUUGCCUCUAGUGUGAUCUAUUUCCAUGUGCCUCCUUAUUACGGAAAAUAGUAUCAGACUUGAUCUCAAAUAUUCCAAAAUAUAAUUAAUUCAGUGGGAUGAAAUAUCCUGGUCACAAAUAUAUUGCUGAAAAAUGGCAUUGCAGAAUUUCGCAGUUUUGCAGUCUUGUGCAGUACAGAAUUUGUUUGUUUGU